AAAAAUAAUGGCUUGGAUAGUAAGAUAUUAGUAUGAGUGUUGAAAUGAAAAAAAAAUGAAAAAGAGCAAAUAUUACCGCUGGCGUACGCUUGUCGCUAACGUUGUCAUUUGUUUAGUUUGUUUUGUAAUUAGCUAGAUAGACCACUAUAGCCAAGAGUGGCAUUCUUGUACAUUUUAUGUAGAUAUUGUUGUGUCAUUUGUACUAAUAUCCACCAUUUCAAUCCCAUCUUCAGUUUUAAGUGACAUUUAUUUUAAUUUUGGUGUCUGAUUGCUAUCGGCGCUCGUGUGAAACACUGCGCAUGCUCAGUGAAGCUGCUCUUUGAAGUAAGCCCCUCCCUCUGGUGGAGAUAACGACGCCGUGCUCCGUUAAACGGUUAAACGUGUCUGCGGCUGACUUUAUUACGCGCCGUGACAAUAUCCGUGAUGCAGAGUGGCGGUUAGUCCACACGUCAUGUUUAGCAGCGAGCCUGUUAUCUUCCACCUCUCUCAGUGACCAAGGCACGCUUGUGUCCGCCCCCCCCACCCCCAGGUGAGCAGGUCGCUUGGGGCGAGUCACAACUUUGAUUUGUACCUUGAAGGACGAGUUUGAAAGCCUUUUCAUCGACUGGAGUAUGUAAAGAUCGUCCCCAAAGUAGAAACAAGACCAGUUUUCUCUGCUCUUCCUCAAAUAAGCCUUCCAAAAGAAUGAUGCAGCUCACCAGAGCGCGCAAACAGAAACACUCCCUCCUCAGCUCCAUGAACCAUUUCAUCGGGGCCGUCAACAACAUGGACCAGACCGUCAUGGUGCCCAGCCUGCUGAUGGACGUCCCCUUGGACGAGGACACGGCGAUGGCCCACUUAAAGUCUGACGUGGACGACAUGUACAGCCACUACCAGCUGCUCAAGUCCCUUCGCUGGGACAUGGAGUCGGGGUCGAGCAGCGGCGAGCAGAGGCGCAAGGAGGGCUUGAGGCGCGCCGCGUCCGCCUCCUCCACGUCUUCCUCCCUGCUGUCCUCCUCUGAAGAGGAUGAAGAUGACUUGCAGAAGCUGUUCCAGUUCCACCUGGCUGGCCUGCAAGGGGUGCUGUCCAAGCUCACCUUAAAGGCCGACUCUCUCACCAGGUGCUACAGGCAGAGAGUCGGCGUUUGAGGAUUGAGGAGGAUUUUUUUUUACUGUCAUCAUUGGAUAGACUGAAGAUGCACUUAUUCACUCCAAAUGUUUUGCACUUAACUUUUCUAUUGGCCCUUGCACAUGUUUUGCACUAACUUGACACAAAGCUAGAACACCAUUUUUAUUUAAUGAGAUGAAUAAACUCACAGAGAAAAUGUU